AUGGCGACCUUUGCCAACUCCUUCUGGGCUCCGGACUACGCAGCAGGUCUGGGCGUCCUGUUCGGGAAGUUACAGCAAGGUGUGCAGGAGAAUGAGCAGAUACUCACCAUAGCGCGACUGCGCGCCGAGUCAGAAGAUGCUUACGGACAAAAGCUUGGUGAAAUCGAGGCAGCGACGAGUAGGAUUGACGGAGGCUUUCAGCGAGACGAUGGCGCAAGCGUCAAGAAAGCAUACGAAGGUGUUCGUUCGGAGAUGGCAGAAGCGGCGCGCAACCAUCGUAAGAUAGGCUCUAACAUUCGCGAGUUAGUCGUCAACCCGUUCGGUCGCUGGUGCGACCAACAUGCGGCACGGAUACAGAACAGUCAGGAUGAUUUGCAAGGGCGUAUGAAGGCGCUCGACCGGCAAGCUGAGACUGUAAGGCAGUAUCGUAGUGCGUACUACAACAAAUGCCGGAGGUUGGAAGAUCUUGACGAGGAGGAGAAGCUUGCGUUUCAAGACCCCGGUUCUGCAGCUGCAGUCGGUUCGCCGAAGAUCCAACCUCAGACUGUUCCGAGCAUUAAGGUAGAAGAACAGGUCGCAGAAGGGGAGCCUAUCGAGAUAGGCGAUCAGACUUACCAGCCUGAUCAAGUCAAAGAGAUGCUAACACAUGCGCUGGAAAACGUUCCACUUGGCGAGCAUAAAGUGCCAGUGCUUGGAACGUACCAGAACGUCUCAACAGGCGCGGACGUCACAGAGUACAUCCAGAAACACAUGGGCGGCACCUCAGUUGCAUUUGCCGAGCGCAUAGGACAAGACUUCAUUGAUCAUGGUUUCCUGCGACUAAUUGGUGGCAUGGGCAGCACCUUCGCGAAUAGCAGCAGGAUGAACUAUCAGUGGAAAGCCAAAGCCUUUCAGAUCGCCGGCAUCCCCGAGAAGCGACCGAAAGCGACCGGACGUGUAGCGACACUUGCAUCCUCCGAUAGCUCAACACCAGGUAGCCCGGUCGUCGGCGAUCGCAUGAGCGAGAUACUUGGCGGCUGGAAUCCACUGAAUAAUGCACAUCCGAAUGAGACACCUGGCGAGAAGCUGCGGCGAGAAGCGCAUGAUGCAGACGAACGCUACAAAGCUGCCGUUCGCAAGCUGGAUGGCUUACGCUGUAACCUUGAGGAAGCCAUGAUCGAGCACCUCAAAUUCAUGGAACGGUGCGAGCUCGAUCGUCUUAAAGCAAUCAAGAGCGUGAUCCUAGACUUCAGUGGCGCAAUCAGCAACGUCAUUCCAAGCUUGCAGAGUACUGUAGACAACAUGAUGCUGUUUCAGGAGACUAUACAACCACCGAAUGAUCUGCGCUAUAUCAUGGAGAGUUACCGCACUGGCAGCUACAUACCAAAAGUGACGGUAUACGAGAACUACUACAAUAAGGUGGACGAGCAGACCUUUGGCGUGGACGUCGAAGCGCGAGCGAGAAGUGAUCGCAAGCGUGUACCGCUGAUUGUGACCACGAUACUGACUUUCUUGGACUCGCAUUACCCGGACCUCAACGGCGACGCCCCGCGGAGAGACAUCUGGAUCGUCGACGUGCCACUUGCGGCAACUCACCAUCUUCGAAACCUUGUUAAUACUGGAAAGCCAAUUGACCCAGAGAUUCUGGAGAAGUACGAGAUACCGAUCGUGGCAGCUGUACUGAAGCUCUACCUGCUCGAGCUCCCGGAUAGCUUGGUCAGCUCGCACGUGUACGAGAUUGUGAAAACGAUAUACACCACAACCGCGCAGUCAGCAUCAGAGACUGCGCGGAUUCAAGUUGUCCAGUCAACGCUCGGACAGCUGAGGCUGGCCAACAUCGCCACACUGGACGCACUCAUUACGCACUUGACGCGCCUUAUCGAACUCACGAGUGCGGAUGAUGCCUACGUGACAACCUUAGCGAACGUGCUUGCUCCAUGCAUAUUGCGGCCAAAACAAGAGUCUGGCUUGAGCAUGGCUGAGAAGUACAACGUGCGUCUUGUCCGCGACCUCUUGGCGCACAAAGACGAGAUCUUCGGCGAACUGAAGCGGCAGUGGACUCUAACGCACACCAACUCCGGUGCCACCCGUUCGACUCGAGCAGUCAGUAUGGACGAGUCGAAGCGGAGAGAACACAUGGAGGAGCGUCAACGCGCCAUAUUGGCAGCGCAAGCCGGUGGCAACAAAGCACCUCCGCGGCAACCAAGUCCCAGCCCGAGCGUAGGCUCUCGCGUACCUCUGCCGGACGGAGCAGGUCACCGGCGUGACCGGAGUAGGGGAGCAGACACGCGGUUCCCUAUCGCGACCACUGUGCAAGCUCAGACCGACAAGCGGCUGAUCAAGCCUCCACCGCCUACGUCGAAGUACAAGAUCAACAAUCCGGACUCCGAAGCCAGCUCGGCCACUGCGGAUGCUGAGACUGUAGAAGGGGCUCCCAUUAAGCGCGACAGCCUGAACCGCUCUGGAGCUCGUGGCUACCCACCUCGCAAGGGUACGGGUGGCCUGCAAAGGCAAAGCCUAGUGAUGAGCAAGCAUGGCGGGGCUGACAUAGGCGACUAUGUCGAAUCGCCAGUCGACACGACGAGAUCUGGACACAUCAACGAAGGGGCACCAAGCACGACCGGCGUUCAGCUUGAGGACAAGCCGAUGGACUUUGACUAG